CUGUCUUCAGGAACUUGCAGCUGUUUAUUUGUAUCAGCAUAAGUUUAGUGUUUCAGCUCCAAAAGCCAGCAGCUGCUCCUCUUGUGCUUUCAGCAAAGGUACACACACACAUUCACACACACACACACACACACACACACACACACACACACACACACACACACACACACACACACACACACACACACACACACACACACACACACAUCCCUGAGGUGUGUUGCUUGUAUGUCAGUCUGAACAGCUUUUCACUGAAGUCUUCAGCCACAGCCUGGAGAUGCAUCACACAGCAGUCUCUCUGCUUUCAGCGAUUUUCCUUCUUCUAGUCGGUCUAGGUCCAGGCCUGUGCUCUCCUGAUGAGAUGAGGCUGGUAAAGAAUCUGUUUAAAGGCUAUAACAAGGUGGUCCGUCCCGUCAGCCAUUUCAACGACGCUGUGGUGGUGACUGUCGGGCUGCAGCUCAUCCAGAUCAUCAACGUGGAUGAAGUUAAUCAGAUUGUCACCAGUAACGUGCGAGUAAAGCAGCAAUGGAAGGAUGUGAAUCUCAACUGGAAUCCGGACGACUACGGAGGAAUCAGGAAGAUACGAAUUCCCUCCACCGACAUCUGGAAACCAGAUUUAGUGCUUUAUAACAAUGCUGAUGGAGACUUUGCCAUCGUGCACGAGACAAAGGUCUUGCUGGAAUACACUGGGCUGAUCACCUGGAAUCCUCCGGCCAUCUUUAAGAGCUACUGUGAGAUUGUUGUAGUUUAUUUCCCUUUUGACCUGCAGAACUGCAGCAUGAAGCUCGGCAUAUGGACCUACGACGGCAACCUGGUUGUCAUCAACCCGGACAGUGACCGCCCAGACCUCAGUAACUUCAAGGAGAGCGGCGAGUGGGUGAUGAAGGACUACGGGAGCUGGAAACACUGGGUUUAUUAUGCAUGUUGCCCAAACACGCCAUAUCUGGACAUCACCUAUCACUUCCUGAUGCUCAGACUGCCGUUGUACUUCAUCGUCAACGUCAUCAUCCCCUGCAUGCUUUUCUCCUUCCUCACCGGCCUCGUCUUCUACCUCCCUACUGACUCCGGUGAGAAGAUGACCCUCAGUAUCUCAGUCCUGCUGUCUCUCACCGUGUUCCUGCUGGUGAUCGUUGAGCUGAUCCCUUCCACCUCCAGCGCCGUCCCACUCAUCGGCAAAUACAUGCUCUUCACCAUGAUCCUUGUCAUUGCCUCCAUCAUCAUCACCGUCAUCAUCAUAAACACGCACCACCGCUCUCCCAGCACACAUACUAUGUCUCCGUGGGUUCGCAAGAUCUUCAUCGAUACCAUUCCGAACUUCAUGUUCUUCUCCUCCAUGAAGCGGCCAUCUAAGGAACGGAAAGGCAGACAACGUUUUCCUAAAGACUUUGACAUCUCGGACAUCUCUGGAAAACCCGUGCCGACUUCCGUUACCUUCCAGUCGCCCAUCAUCAAAAACCCGGACGUUCAGAGCGCCAUAGAGGGCGUCAAGUACAUCGCGGAGACUAUGAGAGGGGAUGAAGAGUCCAACAACGCUUCUGAGGAGUGGAAGUUCGUGGCCAUGGUGCUGGAUCACGUUCUGCUCUGCGUGUUCAUGGCCGUGUGUAUCAUCGGGACUAUUGGAGUCUUUGCCGGACGCCUCAUAGAGCUCAACAUGCUGUGAGUCAGAAAUUCCCCCGGAGGCCUGAAGUGAAGCCUGGGGCUGGAUUUCUACACCAUCCACCAUCACACAGCUUUCUGCUGGGCUGCACUAUCGUCCGAGUCCGAUUGUGUCGGACGCUGAAGGCGCACCGAGCCGAGUUUACUGCUGAAAGCUCAGAUUCACACAUGAUCUUGUCUGAGUCAUAAUAAUUUCCUGACUAACACAUAUUUUGAAGAAAUCUGCACCCUGAAUCAUAAUCUUUAGAAAUUCAUUAGUUUGUAAUAACAAUCUUGAUUGUCUGACCUUUUUCUUCUUCACGUUGGUCUAACCUUUGCUUCAUCCUUACGCUAAUAUCGGCGUCAACCUUAUCUUGUGGUAUUUCAGGGUGAAGUUUUCCUUCAUUAGCGCGGUUUCUUUCUUUUCUUCACGGUUUACUGUUGGCAUGUUGAUGGCCGUGUGAACAGGUGAUUCCUGAGAUUUGGUUUUUGCUUAAUAUUUGGUUCUGGUUUGAAUAUUUUUGGUCCCGCACAACAAUGUACAAAGACUGUGUUUUUCACUAGACUGUUUAUUUUUAUUUGUGACAAAAUAAUUAACUUUUAGUUAGUGAUAUACUGACGUGACAUACGGCUAAGUACGGUGACCCAGACUCAGAAUUCGUUCUCUGCGUUUAACCCAUUCAAAGUGCACACACACAGCAGUGAACACACACACGGAGUAGUGCACACACACACACCGUGAA